AUGUUGACGGGAGAAGCUAGUCACUGGUGGAGUAGCAUGAGGAUGCUACUAGAAAGCAACGGUACUCCCAUCUCUUGGGAAAUUUUCAAGAUGAACUUUUAUGCUGAAUACUUCCCUGAUAGUGUUCGGUUUGCUAAGGAGGUGGAAUUUCUUGAAUUGAUUCAAGGAGGGAUGUUAGUAUCUGAAUAUGUAGAUAAGUUCAAACAUCUGUUGAGGUUUCAUACGCUGGCCAUGGAUGAAGAAUGGCAGUGUAGAAAGUUUGAGAAUGGAUUGAGAGGGGAUCUCAAGUUGAUGGUUGCUGGUUUAUGUAUCAAGGAGUUUCCCUCUUUGGUGGAGAGAGCCAAGGUCUUAGAGAAGACCAAGAUGGAAUUGGAUAGACAACAAAGACAACAGCCGAAAGUUGGAGGAUCAAUUUCCUCCAAGAGUGGUCUCGGUACUAGGAAGAUUCCUUACGCAGGACCUUCUUCUUCAAGAUAUAGAGGUCAGUCUCCAAGACCUCCAGUACCAUUCGGGCAGCAAAACCCUGUGAAUGUGAGAAGUGUAGGGCACUAUGAGAGAGACUAUAAUUUGGGAAGAAGAGCUAAUGGUCAACCACAACAGGCAGGAAGGUUUCAGCCAAGAGGUGGUGGUGGUGGUGGAAGAGCUCAGGUUGUUGGUCGAGUAUAUGCACUGACAGGAACAGAAGCAGCAAGUUCAAGUAAUCUUAUUAUCAGUUCUUACUUGCUGUAUGGAAUAUCUUGUUGUGUGUUUUUUUAUUCGGGGGCAACACAUUCCUUUAUCUCGAAGGAAUGUGUUGAGAAGUUGGGAUUGUCCGUAGAUGAGCUUCAGUUUGAUCUGGUGGUGUCAACCCCAGCAGUUGGGAAGGUUAGGACGGCUACUUAUUGUGCUAAAUGUCCAAUAGUGGUUAAGGGUCGUCAGUUCAAAGUGAACCUGAUUUGCUUACCUCUUCAAGGACGGCUACUUGUGUUGUCUUGUAUUGUCUGUUCGAUUGUCUUUUCUCUUGCAAUGAUCAUCUUUUGGAUGAGAGUAGAAGGCGAUGAGUGUUCAGUGAAACAAGCGCUAGAAGGCGAGGAUCCUGCAGCUUAG